GCGCCAUUUUGCUGGGGUUUGAAUGUGAGGCGGAGUGGCGUCCGCAGCGGGUUGUGUCGGCUACAGUUCGCAGCUGGGAUUCCCUUGUCCGUCCCCGUAUCCCCACGAGGUUUUACAACAAUGGAGCUCAGUGAUGCAAAUUUACAAACACUAACAGAAUAUUUAAAGAAAACCCUUGAUCCUGAUCCUGCCAUCAGACGUCCGGCUGAGAAAUUUCUUGAAUCUGUAGAAGGAAAUCAGAACUACCCACUGUUACUUUUAACAUUACUGGAGAAGUCCCAGGACAAUGUCAUCAAAGUCUGUGCUUCAGUAACCUUCAAGAAUUAUAUUAAAAGAAACUGGAGGAUAGUUGAAGAUGAACCAAACAAAAUUUGUGAAGCUGAUCGAGUAGCCAUUAAAGCCAACAUUGUACAUUUGAUGCUUAGCAGCCCAGAGCAGAUCCAGAAGCAGUUGAGUGAUGCCAUUAGCAUUAUUGGCAGAGAAGAUUUCCCUCAGAAAUGGCCUGAUUUGUUGACAGAAAUGGUGAAUCGCUUUCAGAGUGGAGAUUUCCAUGUUAUUAAUGGAGUCCUUCGUACAGCACAUUCAUUAUUUAAAAGAUAUCGCCAUGAAUUUAAGUCAAAUGAGUUAUGGACUGAAAUUAAACUUGUUCUGGAUGCCUUUGCUUUGCCUUUGACCAAUCUUUUUAAGGCUACCAUUGAGUUGUGCAGCACCCAUGCUAAUGAUGCCUCUGCUUUGAGGAUUCUGUUUUCUUCCUUGAUCUUGAUCUCAAAAUUAUUCUAUAGUUUAAACUUUCAGGAUCUCCCUGAAUUUUUUGAAGAUAAUAUGGAAACUUGGAUGAAUAAUUUUCACACCCUAUUGACAUUGGAUAAUAAGCUUCUACAAACAGAUGAUGAAGAGGAAGCAGGCUUACUGGAGCUUUUGAAGUCCCAGAUUUGUGAUAAUGCUGCACUCUAUGCACAAAAAUAUGAUGAAGAAUUUCAACGGUACCUGCCUCGUUUUGUCACAGCCAUCUGGAACUUACUAGUUACAACAGGUCAAGAAGUUAAAUAUGAUUUGUUGGUAAGUAAUGCAAUUCAAUUUCUGGCUUCAGUUUGUGAGAGACCUCAUUAUAAGAAUCUGUUUGAGGACCAGAACACGCUGACAAGUAUCUGUGAGAAGGUUAUUGUGCCUAACAUGGAAUUUAGAGCUGCUGAUGAAGAAGCAUUUGAGGACAAUUCUGAAGAGUACAUAAGAAGAGAUUUGGAAGGAUCUGUGAAUGAAUUUCCUGUGCUUAAAGCUGAUGGCAUCAAAUACAUUAUGAUUUUUAGGAACCAAGUACCAAAAGAGCAUCUUUUAGUCUCUAUUCCUCUCUUAAUUAAUCAUCUUCAAGCAGAAAGUAUUGUCGUUCAUACAUAUGCAGCACAUGCACUGGAAAGGCUGUUUACCAUGAGAGGGCCUAACAAUGCCACUCUUUUUACAGCUGCAGAAAUCGCACCGUUUGUUGAGAUUCUGCUAACAAACCUUUUCAAAGCUCUCACACUUCCUGGCUCUUCAGAAAAUGAAUAUAUUAUGAAAGCUAUCAUGAGAAGUUUUUCCCUCCUGCAAGAAGCCAUAAUCCCCUACAUCCCUACCCUCAUCUCUCAGCUUACACAGAAGCUCUUAGCUGUUAGUAAGAAUCCAAGCAAACCACACUUUAACCAUUACAUGUUUGAGGCGAUUUGCUUGUCCAUAAGAAUAACCUGCAAAGCUAACCCUGCUGCUGUUGUGAACUUCGAGGAAGCUUUGUUUCUGGUGUUCACUGAAAUCUUGCAGAAUGAUGUGCAAGAAUUCGUCCCAUACGUCUUUCAAGUGAUGUCUCUGCUUCUGGAAACACACAAGAAUGACAUCCCAUCCUCCUACAUGGCCUUAUUUCCUCACCUCCUCCAGCCUGUUCUCUGGGAAAGAACAGGGAACAUCCCAGCUCUUGUGAGGCUCCUGCAGGCAUUCUUAGAGCGCGGGUCCAAUACAAUAGCAAGCGCUGCAGCCGACAAAAUUCCCGGAUUACUGGGUGUCUUCCAGAAGUUGAUAGCAUCCAAAGCAAAUGACCACCAAGGCUUUUAUCUUCUCAACAGUAUAAUAGAGCACAUGCCACCUGAAUCAGUUGAUCAGUACAGGAAACAAAUCUUCAUUCUGCUCUUCCAAAGACUUCAGAAUUCCAAAACCACAAAGUUUAUCAAGAGUUUCUUAGUCUUCAUUAAUUUGUAUUGCAUAAGAUACGGGGCACUAGCCUUACAAGAAAUAUUUGAUGGUAUACAACCAAAAAUGUUUGGAAUGGUUUUGGAAAAAAUCAUUAUUCCUGAAAUUCAGAAAGUGUCUGGAAAUGUGGAGAAAAAGAUCUGUGCGGUUGGCAUAACCAAAUUACUCACCGAGUGUCCCCCAAUGAUGGACACGGAGUACACCAAGCUGUGGACUCCUUUAUUACAGUCUCUCAUCGGCCUUUUUGAGUUACCUGAGGAUGACAGCAUUCCCGAUGAAGAGCACUUCAUUGACAUAGAGGACACGCCUGGGUACCAGACGGCCUUCUCACAGCUGGCGUUUGCUGGGAAGAAGGAGCACGACCCCGUAGGCCAGAUGGUGAACAACCCCAAAAUUCACCUGGCACAGUCACUGCACAAGUUGUCCACGGCCUGUCCAGGAAGGGUUCCCUCUAUGGUGAGCACCAGCCUGAACGCGGAAGCGCUGCAGUAUCUUCAAGGGUACCUCCAGGCGGCCAGUGUGACGCUGCUGUGACACUUCUGUGACACCACGUGAUGCUGCUGUGACCACUUACCGCUCUUCAUUGAGCGCAGGCCUGAGCUCAGCUGCACUGAAACGUUUUUCCAUUGGACAUGGCACGGAUUCCCUCUUGUAAGGAUAUUGAAUGCUGCUUUGAUAAGCUGAGCCUUGAGCGAAUGAGGUAGUGGUGUGGUCAUCGCGUAAGCAGGGACUUGGCAGUGUGGAGGGACACAUAGUAGCGGUGCGGUGUGGGCCAUCUGUUUUGAGUUGAGCAUUUGCACGGUUUGGAUAAUUUUACAUUCUUGACGGACACUGACUGUGGAGACUAAUUUCUGUUACUAAAUCCUUUUGUUUGAAGCUGUUGCUGGUUUGUAUUUUUGUCCUUUGUAUGUUUUGUCUGUUUCUUUAAGUUUUUAUUGGAAAUGUGAGAAAGUUUAAAAAAAAAAGUGUAUCUUGCCAAGCAGUGCACAUUUCAUAGUGAACGUCUGUAAUUAGCAAUAAAGCAAAGCCGAAAAUAUG